AUGGCUGCUCCUGUGGAAUUUACAGACGAGGUUCUGGAGGCUGGGCUGAACAGAGCAAGGCUGAGCCUAGUCGGAUGUCUCCUCUACUCAUCCCAUCCGUCCCGAAUCAGAGCUCAACACAUGGCCAAUAACAUAUGGGCCAAAAGAGCAGCGGUAACAGUAUUGGAUGCCGGAUUCAGACUCUUUCAAUUCGUCUUUGCAAAUCAAGUUGAUUACAAUGAGGCACUCGAAAAGGCUCCUUAG